AUGUCUGGCCGCGGAAAAGGUGGAAAGGGUCUCGGAAAGGGUGGUGCCAAGCGUCAUCGCAAGAUCCUUCGUGACAACAUCCAGGGUAUUACCAAACCCGCUAUUCGCCGUCUGGCUCGUCGUGGUGGUGUCAAGCGUAUUUCAGGCUUGAUCUAUGAGGAGACUCGAGGUGUUCUCAAAAUCUUCUUGGAGAACGUUAUCCGCGAUUCUGUAACCUAUACCGAGCAUGCUAAGCGCAAGACUGUCACUGCGCUGGACGUUGUCUACGCUCUGAAGCGUUCUGGUCGUACUUUAUAUGGCUUUGGUGCAUAA